GUAUCAGUUUUAGUCGCGUAUCAUAUCAGCUUGGAUCGUUUUCAUAAUUUCUAAAGAGGAGUUAAAUCAAAAACUUAUCAAAUAAUUGACAUUUUUCUUGAAAUUAUCUGAAACAUUUUUUAGAUUUAAUUUGUUUUUAAUAUUGGAACGUGCGACAGUGCUAUCCUGUUGUUCAGUUAAAUACAGUGGUUUUGUAUAAUUGUUGAUAUUUUUGCUAAAUGUCAGGAUUAUCGAAAAAUUUCAUAUCAAUGCGACCAGAAACUCUAUACUUCUUAGUAACAUUGGACGGUUUCAAACUUUGUUGUUCUCUUUGUUGUUGUUAUCGAUGUUAGAGGGAACUAAAAUCUAAACUCGGAUUAGCAAAGAUACAAUAUUGCAUUAUCUAAAUAACUAUAAUCAGUUGAGUGACCUAUAGAAAAGUAAAAGAAAACACCAAACUCUCAAAAUGAGUUCGAAGGAGAAACUCAACGAAAUUGUUUUUACCGUUCGAAAGAAACUCCCUUUAAAGAUUUAUUUUGCUUAUGGAAUGGGCCAUGUUUUAAAUGAUGUGUGUGCGGCCAUAUGGUUUAGCUAUUUAUUAGUUUAUUUCCAAUUGGUUCUAAAAUUCAGUAACAAUCAAGCUGGCGUACUACUUCUGAUCGGGCAAGUAGCAGAUGCUGUUGCCACUCCUUUCGUAGGUUACCAUUCUGACAAAGACUACGAUUGCUUCUUCUAUCGUUUUGGAAAACGGAAAAUCUGGUACUUCAUUGGAACGAUAUGCGUCAUAGUUACGUUCCCUUUUAUAUUUUCACCAUGCGUUGGAUGCCGAACUCAGACAGCCACAGUGGUACACAUGGUAUAUUACUCGAUUUUCAUCAUCAUUUUCCAAUUUGGCUGGGCUGCAGUCCAAAUAUCCCACAUGGCACUAAUUCCGGAAAUAACUCCCAGAGAGAACCAGAGAACAAAACUGGCAGCUAUACGAAACGGAGCUACAGUAUUUGCAAGUAUAUUUGUAUACUUGGUUGCUUGGGGAGUGCUGAGGGUUACUGAAGGCACCGAAUCUACAAUCAGUCCAGAUGAUAUCGGGAAAUUUAGAGUUAUAGUCUGGUCAGUUAUGUGCUUUGGCAUCGUGUGCUCCAUUAUAUUCUUCCUGAACAUUAGAGAACUGAAAAUCCAAAAGAACACUGCUCUUAGUGAAGAAUCCAUGAAAAAAUCCAAAACAAUGGACAUAUUUAAAAACGUUAAUUUAUAUUUAGUCGGAGUUGUUUACAUGUCGUCCAGACUUUUUCUUAAUCUAACCCAGGUAUUUUUAAGCUUGUACCUUGUAGAAACGCUUGGUAUGGUGGCAAGUGCUUUGGCUCUAGUGCCGUUAGCUAUGUACAUUGCUAGCUUCAUCGCUGCAAUACCUGUUGGAAUGAUUACCAAACAUGUUGGCAGGAAAGUCACUUAUAUAUUAGGAGCUGUGCUGGGUAUAGUAGGUUGCAUUUGGAUUCAUUGGGGUUAUGGAGAUAUCUACGUAACUUACUUGAUAUUUGUAGUGGUAGCAUUGCUGGGAUCUGGUACAGCGAUUGUGAUGAUUUCAAGCUUGGAUAUAACCACUGAUUUAAUCGGGACCAAGACAAACAGCGGAGCUUUUAUCUACGGAAUUAUGAGUUUUCUGGAUAAGCUUACAAAUGGAAUUGCUAUCGAGCUCAUACAGUAUUUUCACGGGAGUAAGACGAAUAUAAAUUAUUACAGAGAUGUUAUGACGUACGCUACUGGCGGUGCCGUUCUCUUAGGUUCAACCGCAGUUAUAAUAAUUAAAAAUAGAAAGAGCUAUAAGGAGGAAAAUCAGGAAGAAACAGAUAGUCGUGUUAUACAUACAAUCACUUAAAAGCAUUGAAUGAAAUAUAAAAAAAUAAAAGUUGAGUUCUUUUUAUAUAAAUGUGUUCAUUAAUUUAGAUUGACUACCUCAUUAAACAAUAUUAUAAUAUUACAUACAACUUGUAAAAUCAGAGUAGUUUUUUGAGAAGUUUGGUGUCGACACUUUUUUAUCUUUUUCAUUAUAUAAUUUUUUUUCUAUUUUUCUUUGAUUAUGUAUUUAGAUGUUGUAGUCUUAGUAUCUUUGAGAAUCUUCUCUUUUAUUUCUAAAGAAAAUACCUUAAAAUAUAUUUUUAUUGUUAAUCUUUUUUUGGGGUGCUGGAUAUAAUAAAAUAUUAUAUAUAAAUGUU